GCUUAAAGCUAAGUGACGGCGUUCUGUGGCAAUGAGAAAGCCUCUUUGUGUGUUGUCAACGUAUAAAAGACAUUUCUGCCGCAGUUUCUUUCUUUGGAAUAAUGUCGGCUGAAUAUGAUAAUAGAGACAAUGGCCCGGAGGGCAUGGAGCCAGAUGGAAUCAUUGAGAGCAACUGGAAUCAGAUCGUGGACAGCUUUGAUGACAUGAGCCUGCGUGAGGCUCUGCUCAGGGGAAUCUAUGCCUACGGUUUUGAGAAGCCUUCCGCUAUCCAGCAGAGAGCCAUUGUUCCUUGUAUCAAGGGUUACGAUGUGAUCGCUCAGGCCCAGUCUGGCACUGGGAAGACUGCCACCUUUGCCAUUUCCAUCCUCCAGCAGAUUGAUGUGGAGCUGAAAGAAACUCAGGCUCUGGUCCUGGCUCCCACUAGGGAGCUGGCUCAGCAGAUCCAGAAGGUGGUGCUGUCCCUGGGUGACUACAUGGGGGCCGGUUGCUAUGCCUGUAUCGGAGGGACCAACAUUCGCAGUGAAGUCCAGAAGCUGCAGGCUGAAGCCCCUCACAUUGUGGUGGGAACCCCUGGCCGUGUCUUCGACAUGUUGAGUCGCAGAAACAUCUCUCCUAAGCACAUCAAAAUGUUUGUGCUGGAUGAGGCUGAUGAGAUGCUUAGUCGAGGGUUCAAGGACCAGAUCUAUGACAUCUUCAUGAAAAUGUCAAGCACCACACAGGUUGUCCUCCUGUCGGCCACUAUGCCAGCCGACGUUUUGGAGGUCACAAAGAAGUUCAUGCGUGAACCUGUCCGGAUCCUGGUAAAGAAGGAGGAGCUGACCCUGGAGGGUAUCCGCCAGUUCUACAUCAAUGUGGAGAAGGAGGAGUGGAAGCUGGACACGCUGUGUGACCUGUACGAGACACUGACCAUCACACAAGCCGUCAUCUUCAUCAACACGAGGAGGAAAGUAGACUGGCUCACUGAGAAGAUGCAUGCCAGGGACUUCACUGUGUCUGCUCUGCACGGUGACAUGGACCAGAAAGAGAGAGACUUGAUCAUGAGGGAGUUCCGCUCUGGCUCCAGUCGAGUCCUCAUCACCACUGACUUGCUGGCCAGAGGUAUUGAUGUCCAGCAGGUGUCCCUGGUCAUCAACUACGACCUGCCGACCAACAGGGAAAACUACAUCCACAGGAUUGGUCGGGGUGGUCGUUUUGGCAGAAAGGGCGUAGCCAUCAACAUGGUGACUGAGGAUGACAAGCGAACCCUGAGGGACAUUGAGACAUUCUACAACACCACCGUGGAGGAGAUGCCCAUGAAUGUGGCUGAUCUUAUCUAGAAGAAGCCACAUGCCCUUCGUCAACCCCACCCCGCUUAUUUUAGAAGUCAAACCUUGUUUCUUAUACGAUCUCAAUUCUAAGAACUUUCUUUUGCUAAAUUCCACCAUGACUUUACUCCGAGGGGAAGGAACGAUGCAGCCAUUAUUCCUUCCCAACCUUUGAAAUAGUUUUUGGCCAUCUUGGAAGGAUGAAUUACUGACCUGCUUCAUCUGCUUGCCAUAGUCCAUUACCCCACAUCAGCACCUAAAUUCUUCCUGCAGCUAAUUCCUCUCCUCAGACUUGAAGCAUUAAUUUGAGCAUUUCCACAUCAAACGUGAGUUUCUAACCGGGUCCCAGAGGUGCAAACACAACAUGUUUCCAAAAGCACAUUUUAAAAACAGGGCGUUUGUUAAAAGGAUUCUAGCUCUGGCUGUUUGGUGCAAAAGCUUCACAUUUUAAAUUUCUAACUCGGCUCAAUUGGUAAAGUGCACAGUGCUAACACGACGGUGACUGAAGCUUUUGUGAAAAUGUGGCUGUAAUUUGUGCGCGUGCGCAGCAUCGCCUGAGGGUUAGACUGCAGUUCAGUUUGGACUCUACAUGAUCUGAAUGAAAUGGGGAAGUGCUGCAUUUGACCAGAUCAGUAUUUAAAGAACCUUCAGUGUACUUCAACAGCCUUUAUCACGCAUCAUGAUCAUGUUAAGAACAGAGGUUUGGGGGCUAGAGUACACAGGGCAUAUUCAAUAAAAAGACCUGUAUAGUAAAAUCCAUCAUGAAUGAGUUGUUUACCGUUUUGAUCCUUUUACUGCUGUUUGAUAUAUAUAUUUUUUUUAUUGCUAUUGUACAUACUGCUUGACUUGUACAGUCACUUGUGCAGUAGCAUUCAGUUGAAGACUGACUGGUGGGCACAGAUGUUCGGAGGCAAACACAACGGUGAGUUCAGUGGAGACUUUGCCUCUUGACCCUGACGACCUGGUUGGAUUUUCAUCUCUAACGUUGACAUUGUUCAUUUAGAUUUUAUUUUUAAAGCAAACAUUGGAUUUUUGAUAAGGUGGUGGUGACUUUUUGUAACCUACCUCGCCAAAACAUUGUGGGAGGGGUUGGCUGGCUGACAUAAAAGGACCAAACUACAGAUGAUCAAGUAUAUCGAGCCCUACUCCCCAAACUACUUUAUGAAGCGCUCUCAUAUUCAAAUGCCUGUCAUCAUGGGGUUUGGUGUCUGGUUUAGGAGAACUGUCAUGUUUGGGGUGUAUAGUCAGUGCUAUUUUUUAAAAUGAAUUUACGGAAUUGUUAACCUUUUUUCCAGACAGAAACAGUGUAUCAAGUUUUCUACAUUGGAUUCUGUAUAGUAUUUAUUUUAAUGGUCUUAAGAAAAAUAAAGGUUUCUCCUUUUAACAGUGUAAACUGGCCUCUGCAUUGUUGAAUAGCAUGAAAGCUUUUAUGGCCAAAUCCUGUGUGGAAAGGCUCGUAUGUACCGGAUACACACAAUCUAUCAGAUGACAGCCUGAGGCGCUGCUUGUAUUGGACCGACACGCCUGUGCUGCAGGGCUGUCGCUGAUGUUUGGUCCAGCAUUGACAAAAAUACCCACAGAGGGGACUUUUUUUUUUUGACUGUUUUUGCUUCAUUUUGUUCAAAUGAGUUCUAAUUUGAUAACCGGGUCUGAAGGAGCCUACACCAACCCGAAUGCCCGCUAUCUGGUGACUUCACUGAUCUGCCACAUACAGUUGCAUCUUCUAAGUGACAGUGGAAGUCUCAGCCUGGACUUCUAGCAUGUCUUUACUGAUUGUUGUCUUUCCACAAUAAACAUUGAAUUGUA